AUGCAUGAUUUUGAUUCGUCUUGAAAGUAGCACCAGCUCUUUCCAUGUGAUCAAUCCGAUCAUUCCAGUAUCUCCCAUUUCCGGAACAACUACAAUCUUCAAUAAUUUUCCUCAUUUUGCUUCAUUCUUAUCUUUCGCCACUCCUAAUUUUUCCUGUUUUAUCGGUUUUUGUUGUCUCCACACUUUCAUUCGUUUUAAUAACCCCUAAAUCUUCGUGGAUUUUCAACAAAACUGCCUUUGAAAUAUGGGAGACAAAGGAAAUGGUGGUGAUUUCUUCUUGGAGGAGAACGAGGAUGACGAAGUUCAAUAUGAUGAUUUAGAAGAUAAUUACAGUGAUGGUGAUGACGAUGACGAAGGUAGUCGUAAUUCUACACGGUCUUCCUCGCAUUUCUCCUCUCGUCAAUGGCCGCAGAGUUACCAGCAGACAAUCGAUUCAUAUUCAAUCACAGCAACACCAAAUUUUGGGCUCCUUAAGUCUCCUUCUGCUAUUAUAUAUUCGUCAUUGUAUGAUAUUGGUAUUGAAAGUAACUUCGAUGCUGAUGCAAAGGCUCGGUUGCUGUCUGAAUGUGAAAAGCUUUAUAGCAAAGAGGAUUUGGAGAAGAUCUCGAGGAAGAUUUCAACAUGGUCAGGGAAGGGUUCAUUACACGAGCAACUCGGAGAACUUCCAAUUAGCCAUGGAUGCAGCGUUACUCAGACUGUAUUCAAUGCUGUGAAUGUAAUGGUCGGAGUUGGGCUUCUUUCUACACCAUAUACAAUUGCACAAGCUGGCUGGGCGGGGUUGGGAUUGCUACUCCUUUUUGGCAUCAUAUGUUGCUAUACUACUUCACUCAUGAGACAUUGCUUUGAGAGCAAAGAUGGCAUCCUUAGUUAUCCUGAUAUUGGAGAAGCUGCAUUUGGGAAAUACGGACGCCUUAUCGUAUCUAUCAUCUUGUAUACGGAGCUCUAUUCAUAUUGUGUGGAAUUCAUUAUACUUGAAGGAGACAAUCUUAGUAGUCUGUUCCCGGGAGUGUCCUUGAAUCUGGGUGGUUUCAGUCUGGAUUCCGUUCACUUGUUUGCGGUUCUCACUGCUGUCAUUCUUGUACCCAUUGUCUUGUUGAAGAAUGUCCGAGUAAUCUCGUAUCUUUCGGCUACUGGUGUAUUGGCCACGAUUGCUGUUAUCUUUUGUGUGUUUUACCUUGGGACUGUAAAUGUCGGGUUUCAUGAAAGUGGUCCGGCCGUUAAGUGGAGUGGCAUCCCGUUUGCAUUGGGCAUCUAUGUUUUUUGCUACUCCGGGCAUUCUGUGUUUCCGAACAUAUAUCAGUCAAUGGCUGACAAGACCAAGUUUAGCAAGGCGAUGAUGAUAAGUUUUAUAUUGUGUGUGUUAAUGUAUGGGGCUGUUGCGAUCAUGGGGUUUCUUAUGUUCGGUGAAAGCACUUUGUCCCAAAUAACAUUAAACAUGCCAGAUGAUGCAAUUGCUUCAAAACUUGCUUUGUGGAUAGUGGUCAUCAACCCGUUCACCAAAUAUGCUCUGCUUAUGAACCCAUUGGCGAGUGCUAUAGAAGAGCUGUUACCUGUGAGUGUCUCACGUACUACUUGGUCCUACGCUCUUCUCAGAACAGCACUAGUCCUCUCUACCGCCUGCGUUGCAAUUGUUAUUCCUUUCUUUGGUGCUGUGAUGGCUUUGAUGGGGUCACUUCUAUGUGUCAUGGUGGCAAUUGUAAUGCCAGCUCUGUGCUUUCUGAGAAUUCAAGGGAGCAAGGCAACAACUACACAGAUUGGGUUGAGUAUUUCCAUCGUUGUGGUGGGCAUCAUCAGUGCUCUCGUGGGGACUUGCUCGUCGUUAGCGAAUAUUGCUAUGAAGUAUUGAGAUGAAGCCCAGAAAGAUGUGAUUCAUCAGAGAAUGUUAUGCUUGUAGGAGGUUAUAUGAGAUGUUCAACAUCAACAUGUUAUUUUGCUAUUCAAUUUUGAUGUUGUUUGCUUUAUGUUCUUUUUUCUAUUUAUUAAGUUGGUGGAAGGCAUGCUUUUGACAUUUUUAAGGAAACCUCUCCACCCUUUAAAGGCAUAAACUUGUAUAUUGCUUCAUUACACAAGCAUGGUUAUAAAAUUUACAAUUUACU